AGACGGGAUAUAGGACGGGCAUCAAACGGAGGUCUGGCUGCAGACUGGUCGGGAUCCCUUUUCGCCACCUCGGUUUGCUUCAGACGCAUCAGGUCUAGAAGAGUCACUGAAGACACUCAGCAUCACAGAAGACAGAAGACGGGGACAGACAGAAGGAUCAGGACUCAGGCUCGGUGGCUACAUGCUCAGUUGUGUUUGGUUUUGAGGAGAAAAAUUACACGAAUCAGCAGGAAUCAUGGAUUUUGUUAUGAAGCAAGCUUUAGGUGGGGCCACCAAAGACAUGGGUAAGAUGCUGGGUGGGGAGGAGGAGAAGGACCCGGACACAGCCAAGAAGGAGGAGGAGCGGCAGGAGGCGUUGAGGCAGCAGGAGGAGGAGAGGAAGGCCAAACACGCCCGCAUGGAGGCCGAGAGGGAAAAAGUACGGCAGACCAUCAGGGACAAGUAUGGGCUGAAGAAGAAGGAGGAGAAAGAGGCGGAGGAGAAGGCAGCCAUGGAGCAGGCCUGCGAGGGCUCACUGACACGCCCGAAGAAGGCUGUCCCUAAGGGCUGCGGAGACGACGACGAGGAGGACGAGGAGAGCAUCCUCGACACUGUGCUCAAGUUUCUGCCCGGACCUCUACAGGACAUGUUCAAGAAGUAAAAAACAAACAAACAACACAAGAAGUCAAACAAACCCUAAAUUCAGGGUCCGGUCUGGCCUGGGCUAGGCUGCGGGGGCAAAGGGAGGCGGGGAUCUUUCUGUAGGGGACUUUCGGGUGGCGAGGGUGGAGUCAACUUUAAUUGUUGAGUAGAGAGGGGGGGAAGGGGGGGGAGGGGGCUUUGAGUGCAGGUUUGGAAAGUGGAAACGGAUUGGGGAGGGGGGUUGUUGUCAAACUGUUAGAGGCUACACACUGCCUUUCUAGAAAUCGUUUACGUUAUUCUUUUCUACUCCUCGACGACUGCGUCAUUCUUCCCCCUUUUACGUUGUAUUUGCCACAAUUGCCGUACAAACUUUCAACUGCCACUUAGCACAUUUCUUACAAUUAAUACGUCUUUUGUCUUUUUUCUUGUUGCUAUUUUUACACCUAUUAAAAGAUCAGGCAUCUUUGGUUGUUGGGCCAUCAUCUGUGUCCAGGUGUUGGUGACCAAUGGAGAACAGUAUUCCCUUAACGAAGGACAGUGGACGUCUCUGUCCUCAUGCGUCUCUGUGGUUUUUUCAAAUGGCACUGCCACCAUGUUUUCCAGUAGAUGGAGCAUGUUGUGUUUAUUUCAGUGGGUGUUUUCUACUUUUUAUGAACCUUGUGUAGGUCUUUAUAUUGAUAAAAAAAAAAUAAAAAAUAAAAUCAGCAUUUGAGUUUUUGGACAUGUGCCUUCAUACCAUCUCCUCUAGUAGAGGAAUUGUAAAUGAGGGUUUCAUUUUGAGUCAAACAGGUGUACAGUUGCAUGUACAUGUGGGCACGCGUUUAAAGAUACAACAUCGGACACUUUUGGAAUAAUGUAUUUGAUGUAAAGACGGCUCGUUGGCAUAUUUCCUGGUUUCCAGAAGGUAUUGAACUACUUCUGGAAACUUUUGACCAUGUUUAAAAGGCCAAACGGUCCACAAAACGAUUAAAAACAUAAUCCACUGUAACCUACGAGGCUACGAGCUUCCGGAGAACUGUUUGCUGAAGAAAACGUUUUUAUUUCCUUUCUUCUUCCGCCUCUAGUUUUUACAAAAACUUUCUCAGCCUGUCAGCUAGUUAGACUGCCAUUAUGUCAACAAAAAAAAUCUGAAAAAAAGUGUCAUUUUGUUGACUCCAAUCACAAGGAUUAUGGAAUAUAUUUAUUUAUCUCAUCCAUGCAAACAAGCACUAACAUUACCAAAAUAAUAAAUUACUGCUGUUUUAUCCAGAUUGACACAAAGUUAAAAGUCAGGAUUUGAGUUAGUGUGGUCCCCAUAGACAAUCAAAGCAUUGACCACUGGGGAACAGUGGGGGUAGCCGGUACUGUACAUGUCGUCAUUUCCUGUCAUCUAUGGUAGGUUCAAAGUGGGUUCUACAUUAAGCACUUGAUUAACUGAUUGCUAUUAAGUGUCUCUUAAUUUAUCUUCUUUACACAUGAAUGCAAAUGCCAGGCAACGUCUGGGUUUUUUUUUUUACUUACUUUACUGACUAUUCUUACUUUUUGUGAAUGUGCUGCCAAAUUAUUUUGAUGCAACCGUGUAUGUAUUUAAAUCGACAUUCCAGCUGAGCUUACCUUUCUCCUCGUUUUUCAUACAAUGCAUAAGUUUAUCAUCAACAUCGAGACCAAAGAAAUACUGGUGAGACCUUACUAUUUCUUUUGUCACGCCGAAACAAAGACGUGCAUGCCAAACCGGGUUUUUUAUUGUACGUGUGCGAGGCCUGCAGGAGAAACACAGCAACCUGUUCACCGUGUGCAUGCAUCCCAAAGACCACCACCAAACUAAAGAAGAUACUCUCCUAUUUCCUCAAACGUAUUCCAUGGCUGAAUAUUAAAAGUAGCUAAUUUAACUGUAGGCAGAGCCUGGGAAAACUGGCCUGAAGAGUUUACUUAGAGUUUACUCUGCAUCCUGCAUCUUUUAAUCCAACCAGACAUUAUAGUGAUUUGUCAUAUAGCAUUGAAAUAGAUGUACUGUAAAUGGAAACCAUUUCUAUUUAGUGAAACUACCUAAAUAUAUAGAUGUUUAUCGAUAAAACAAAGCAUGUGGGUUAUUCUUAAAUGAUCUGGUGGCUUCUCAGUGGUUUGUUAUGCCAGAGUGUAUGAUUAAUACAUUGUUCCAUGAGUUUGUGACUAAAAAAUAGAAUUAAAAAGACUAAUGAUGAAGUUGUCAUAAGCACUAUAAUUUUUUUUCAUUUUCUAGCUCAGAUAGGACUUUUCACUAGACAAAGCCAUAUUGUUUAGAUCGCAAUAAUUACUUAAAAUGAUAAAAAGAGAAUAUUUCAACAUGUUUCAUGUUUGUUUUCUGUAUAAAAAAAAAUUAGAAAAAACAUAUCUGUAAAAUCCUCACCAUUCUUGUAUCUUUAAACAUGUAUACUAAUGUAUACGCAAAGAAACUGUAUGUAGAAAAAAAAAAGCCAUUGUUAUAACUGUCUCAGUGUACUACAUGUGUACUGUAAGUGUGUGUGUUUAUAUGUGUGUCUUUCUACGUGUCUGUGACGUGAGGCCAUGUUGUUGAUUCAUAUAGUCCUGGUUUAUACUACGUAAAUGUGUCUUUGAACUACUUUGUGCACAGGCGGAAGCUAGGGGCGGCUCCCUGGUCGUGCCAUGUCUUAAAAACAAUUAUACUUAACACAUUCCUUUCAAAAUGUUGAGCAUGCAAAAGUGUAGUAACGAAGAGAAUACACCAAAUGUCUAAAGACGAAAAAAAAAGAGAAAAAGAAAUCAAUAGACAAUUUCCUGUUCCUGAUGUGAGAGUCUCCAGGCAACAGAAUCUGUGCAUUGAAUCCAGAAAGAUCAGCUGUUCGAUGAGCUUGUUGAGUGUUCGAUGUUCUUUGUUGUCUCAGUCGCUGAAUCGAGUGGCAGUUUGGUGAAACUUAAGGCCGUGAUUGCAUAGAAGCUUUAUUGUGAGAAAAAGCUCUAGCUUUGUUCUACAAGUUGGUUGAAGUUGUAGUCCAUAUUGUAAAAUUUCAGUUUGAGUCCUUUGUAAGGUUAAAUCUCACUAAAAGUCUCCAUCUGUCUGUCUGUCCGUUCUCGACAACUGUUCAUCCAAACAAUGCCACAAAAUGACUAAUCAGAAUUUGAUCCAUUCGGUCUGGUAACAGUUGGAAAGUCUAGAAGAGCUCUAAGAUUAAAUCCUUUUAUUCACAUUCAAGUAAGCGGAGUAUUGUUACAGUUCGGCUGUCUACUAAGCCUUUAGUGCCCGGGUAUUUUUAAUGCCAGAAGUCGAACCUUUCGGCAACAUGUGCGUCUGUUCUUUUUACAUCCAUGGCGCCAACUUUCAAAGGGAAUAAACUGAGCCCCAAUUCUAACGCCGUAUCCAGUUAUCCAGUUAUCCAGUUCUCUCGGCAUGCUCAGUACAGCCAAGCAUCAAUCCCAGGGGGCUGACGUUGGAAACCAAUGCAGAAGUGCCUUUAACCUGCAUUCUAUCCAGGGGCCAGCAGGGGGCGACUCCAUCGGCUGCAAAAAGAGCUCCGUCCAUUGAAAUAUGACCACAUGUCACUUGAUUUCUGACCUGAGUUUAUGGUCUCAAUCUUUAGUUUCAAGUCUUCUUCAAUACAGCAUGAUGUUGAUUUGGUAAAUUAUGGUUGCAUAUAGAGUAAAAUAGACGAUAAAGCAGGUUGGAUACAUAUGAUUGGCAUGUCACUACCACAUCCAUUUUCAAACUUUGACCCUUUAAAACUUCAUCAAAGUUAAAUCAUCUUGUUCAGUUGGACAAAAGGACACUCCGAGGAGUCAGUCGUUCAUUUAGAAGAAUGAUUUUCCCUUGCUAAUUGAGCUUGCUUCAAUGCAGAAUUAAGACUUCUGUUCCCAUAAUUAGCCUGGUUCUAUG